AUGGCUAGGGACGGCGAUAAGGUGGAUGACAUAGGCGCAGAUGGGAGUGACACGUUCUGGGUGCAUCGCUGCGAGAAGGCUAAUGAUGCUGGGGACAUUGUCUUCCUCUUGAAUGCAUGGAUUAAUAACCCUCUUAAGCAACAUAAGGUUCUGAGCAGAUUAAUUAACCUGGGAGCUGAUGUUGUGUGUCUUUUAGAAACUAGAAUUAGAAGAAUCAAUGCUGAUAAGUUCUAUUCUGCUUUUUUUGAUGAAUGGAAUAUGAUAGAUAACUAUGCUUAUUCUGAGGGUGGUAGAAUAUGGGUUAUGUGGAGGAAACAAUGGUCAUUCUCUACCUUGAGGGCUAAUGACCAGUCUUUAACUAUUGUUGGAGUUGUUAAUGGCCACAGGACUUUGAUCACUGUUGUUUAUGGCAGUAACAGCAGGGUUGCCAGGAGAGGGCUUUGGGAUCAUCUAAAGGAUUUGGAUAGUGAGGUUGGUUCCUCUCCAUGGGUGGUUGGAGGGGAUUUUAAUGUUACCCUUCGAGCUGAUGAGAGCUCUGAUUUUGAGAUUCUGGGUGUUCAUAAUUCCCCUGAUAUGGAGGAUUUUCAAGGUUGUUUGGAGGACCUGGACCUCUUGUAUCACCCAUUCUUAGGCCCUUCUUUCACCUGGUCUAAUAGGCAGGAUGAUGGUUUCUUAGCUCGUAAACAGGACAGAAUUUUGGUCAACCAUCCUUGGCUGUCUGUUUACCCUGAUUCGUUUGUAGAAUUUAAGGCACACGGUGUUUCUGAUCAUUGCCCUGAGUCUUGGACAGUGCAGUGUGAUGGGAACCCUAUGCAAAGGCUAUUCCUAAAACUGAAAAGACUAAAGCCCAAAUUGAAGAAUCUCAACAAGGAGCAGUUUUCUGAUUUUUCAAACAGGGUACUUAGUAAAAGGGCUAACUUGGAAAGAAUUCAAUUGAUCAACCUAAGUCAUACUGAUCAUAGGAACAUUGAGGAGGAGAGGAGGAUCCAUGCUGAAUUGGUUGAUUUGGAGGUUGCAGAAUUUGAAUUCUAUAGACAGAGGGCUAAGGUGCAUUGGUUGAAAGAAGGUGACCUCAACACUAAGUUUUUUCAUCAAAGAGUUGAAUCAAAUAAAAAGAAAAAUACUAUCAAGGUUUUAGUAACUCAAAAUGGACAGUUCCUGGACUCUUUUGAUGACAUGGAUGAUGAGUUGGUGAGUUUCUUCACUAAUCUCAUUGGUACUGCAGAUCCAAUGGUUAAAAGCCCCCCUAUGGAGUGUCUGAAGGAGUUGCUUAACUUCUCUUUGCCUGAUGGUGCUGAAGCUAUGCUUACUAAGGAGGUGGAGGACAAGGAAAUUAAGGAAGCCUUAUUCAGACAAUGCAAUGGUAAAAGCCCGGGCCUUGAUGGGUACUCUUCUUGGUUUUUCAAGGCUGCCUGGGAUGUGGUGGGUUGUGACUUCUUAGCUGCAAUAAGGUUCUUCUUUCUUUCCUCUUCCUUACUGCCUGCAUUUAAUGCAACAACUAUAGUCUUAGUCCCUAAGGCCCUGAAUGCUUGUAUGGCCAAGGAGUUCAGGCCCAUUUCUUGUUGCACUGUAGUGUACAAAACCAUCACUAGAAUCAUCACUACUAGAUUGUCUCUUAUUUUUCCUUGUAUGAUCUCUCCUAGUCAGACUACUUUUGUAAAGGGUAGGAACAUUGUUGAUAAUACCUUACUAGCUCAGGAAAUAGUCAAAGGUUAUUCUAGGAAGAGUCUUUCUCCUAGAUGUGCCAUUAAGAUUGACUUGCAAAAGGCAUUUGACUCUGUGGAUUGA